AUGAGGACUCCCUGCGAGGGGCCUGGAGAGGAGGAGCAGGAGGAAGGGGCGGUGGCAAACACUGGGCGUCCUGAAGGGGUGCCAGAGGCCCAGGAGGGUUCGGACUCGGAUUUGGACUCCGACCUGGAGACGGAAGGCACCCAUGGGCUUCAAGAAUGGGUCAAGGACACCCUCUAUCUGAGGUCUUGCCGGGCCCACGGUGUCGUGCCUGCCUCCUGCUUUCUGCGCCAAGGGAGCACCCCAGAGCUCAACCUGCAGCACCGUGGCCUGGGGCCCCAGGGGGCCCGGGCUCUGGCUUCUGCACUGACCUCCAACCCCUACAUCAAGCGGCUGGACCUUCGGGACAAUGGGCUCUGUGGGCCCGGUGCAGAGGCCCUGGCAGGUGCUCUGAGCAAAAGCAGCAGCAUCUGUGAUGUGGACCUGUCAGAGAACCAGCUGGGAGCAGUGGGAGCCCAGGCUGUCUGCUCCGCCCUGGUGGUGAACCCAGCCAUGCAGAAGGUACAGCUGGCAGGGAACGACCUGGAGGAGCAGGCGGCCCAGUACCUUGCUGAACUCCUGGUGGCCCACACAGGCCUGAAAUCCCUGGACCUGAGCUACAACCAGCUGAAUGACCAAGCAGGAGAGAUGCUUGGACCAGCCCUGGCGGAAAACACAGGACUCACUGAGCUUAACAUAAGCUGGAAUCACCUGAGAGGCCCAGGAGCCUUAGCCUUUGCCAGGGGACUGGAGGCAAACAUCUUCCUGAGGGUCCUGGACAUCUCGUACAAUGGCUGCGGAGAUACCGGAGCCUCUGCGCUGGGGGGAGCUCUCAAGACCAACAACAUGCUGGAGGAGCUCAUCAUGAGCAACAACCGCAUCUCUGCCGCAGGAGCCCUGAGCCUGGGCCUGGGCCUGCGGGUCAACCGGACAUUGAGAAUUCUUGUGGUGUCCAGGAAUCCCAUGCGAAGUGAAGGCUGCUUCGGUGUGCUCAAGUCUGUCCAGGCUAAUCCCUUCUCUGCCCUAGAAUUGCUGGAUUUCUCUGAUAUCCAGGUGAACAGAGAAUUUAAGGACCUCGCCAGCUCGUUGAAGGUAAUUCUUCCAGGGCUUUGCAUAAAGACUGUGGCCUGCAGAGUAGAGUAUGAAAAAGAACUGCUGUCUGUCUCCCGAAGCGCUAAAUGA